CACACACAGAAGCCAGACAGGGCUGCUGUAUUCGGUCUCUCACACACUGAAAUUAUACACACUCGGACAUUUAUUCUCUCUCUCUCUCAGCGUGUGCGCAGUGUAGUGCAUCAGAUAUCUCUUCUCUCCUCCACAAUGUCAAAUGCAAACUGGAAACCUUUUAUCUUCGGAGGCCUUGCUUCGGUGACUGCAGAAUGUGGUACAUUCCCCAUCGACUUGACCAAGACGCGUCUGCAAGUCCAAGGCCAAGUCGCCGACAUGAAGUACAAGGAGAUCCGGUACCGGGGCAUGCUUCACGCGAUGUCGCGGAUCUGCAAUGAGGAAGGAAUCCGGGCGCUGUACUCGGGUAUCGCUCCUGCGAUGCUUCGUCAGGCCUCCUAUGGCACCAUUAAGAUCGGCACCUACCAGACAUUCAAGAGGCUGCUGGUGGACAGCCCAGACGAUGAGACCUUGUUGACUAACGUGGUGUGUGGAGUCUUCUCCGGCGUCAUCUCCUCCUCUAUAGCCAACCCCACUGACGUCCUCAAGAUCCGCAUGCAGGCUCAGGGCCACCUGAUUCAGGGCAGCAUGAUCGGAAACUUCAUCAACAUCUACAACCAGGAAGGAACACGAGGACUCUGGAAGGGCGUCUCCCUGACAGCCCAGAGGGCGGCCAUCGUGGUGGGGGUGGAGCUUCCUGUCUAUGACAUCACCAAGAAGCACCUCAUCCAAUCAGGAUACAUGGGAGACAACAUCUACACCCACUUCCUUUCCAGCUUCACGUGUGGCUUGGCGGGUGCGUUGGCCUCCAACCCGGUCGACGUGGUGCGAACGCGCAUGAUGAACCAGGCGGGGGCGCUAGAGGGCUGUGGGGGAUACAAGGGCACACUGGACUGCCUGCUACAGACGUGGCGUUCGGAGGGCUUCUUGGCGCUCUACAAGGGAUUCUUCCCCAACUGGCUGCGGCUGGGACCAUGGAACAUCAUCUUCUUCAUCACUUACGAGCAGCUGAAGAAGAUGGAUGUGUAGUCAGCUGACGAGGAAGAGGAGGAUGAAGAAGAUGAAGAUGAGGACCAAAAGAGGAGGAGAGAGAAACGGAAAGAAGUGAGAGACAGCGGAAGAGGAGAAGUGACAUCAGGUCUUUAGAAGAGUCCCGCCUCAUAGCGGAGGGAGGA